ACAAGAAAUAGUCAAAACACCACAUGCGUAGCAGUUGAGUUAAAGGACAUCAGAAACAUAAAACGCGGUUUCAAGCUUUCAAUGUCCACCCAUUCACUCUCAAAGUACAGCUGUGUUCUUCGUCAAUUAAUAUUUAUCACUAGCCAAAAAUAAAAUAAAAUACUAUAAAUCUAGAUCUACCCAAAACACACUAUGCAAAAAACAGAUCUUUCUGCCUUAUAAUAUCAGUUUUUUACACCAUCUAGAUCUAUAAAAUAAUAAUACAAUGAGGUCCAAACUUUGGGCCUUGAUUUAGGAAACUUUGAGUUAUGUUCUAAAGUUUCCUCUUUUAAGCUUCUUGGAAUCCUUAGAACUAUCUUGGGUUUUUUUUUUUUUCCUUUCUAAGUUGAAAGAGUGUUACUAUAAAAGAGGAGUGGGUUAAGUUUCCAUAAAUGGAAAGUUCAAGGAACAAGAGAGGGUACGAGGAGGGUGUUGAAGAUGCAGGCUACAUUACAGCACCGAAGAAACCAAAAUUACCCACUUUGGCAAGUGUAAUUGUGGAAGCUCUGAAGGUGGAUAGCAUACAAAGACUUUGCUCAUCUUUGGAGCCUAUGUUGCGCAGAAUUGUCAGUGAGGAAGUGGAACGGGCUUUGACAAGAAUACAGAAUGCUAAAUUGACUGGAAGGUGUUCACCACCGAGAAUACAAAGUGCAGAUGGAAGAAGUCUACAACUUCAUUUCAGAACAAGAAUGCCGCCUCACCUAUUCACAGGUGGGAAAGUUGAGGGUGAGCAAGGAGCAGCCAUCCAUGUUGUUUUGUUAGAUGUGAUCUCAGGCACUGUGGUGCAAACCGGACCAGAAUCAGCAGCCAAACUAAAUGUUGUGGUGCUAGAAGGUGACUUCAACGAGGAAGCUGAUGAGGAUUGGACAAAAGAGCACUUUGAGAACUAUGAAGUAAAAGAACGUGAGGGGAAACGGCCGCUUUUGACUGGGGAACUACAAGUAACCCUCAAGGAAGGAGUGGGAACUCUUGCAGAUCUUACUUUCACUGACAAUUCCAGCUGGAUUAGGAGUAGAAAAUUCAGGCUUGGUUUGAAGGUUGCUUCUGGAUAUUGUGAAGGGAUUCGUGUGCGUGAGGCCAAAACAGAGGCUUUUUCUGUUAAAGAUCAUAGGGGAGAAUCGUACAAGAAACAUUACCCACCUGCAUUGCAUGAUGAAGUGUGGAGAUUGGACAGAAUAGCUAAGGAUGGAGCAUUACAUAGAAGGUUGUUGAAGGCUGAAAUUGUAACAGUUAAAGAUUUUCUUCAACUUCUUGUUAGGAAUCCGCAAAGGUUAAGAAAUAUCCUGGGAAGUGGAAUGUCCAAUAGAAUGUGGGAGAACACAGUGGAGCAUGCUAAGACUUGCGACUUGGGAGGAAAGCUUUAUGUUUACUACAGUGAUCAAACAAAUAGCACCGGUGUUGUUUUCAAUCACAUUUAUGAACUCAGAGGUCUUAUUGCUGAAGGACAGUUCCUGCCUUUGGAAUCACUUGACCACAAUCAAAAGGUUUUUGUUGAUUCCCUGGUGAAGAGAUCAUAUGAAAAUUGGCAUCAAUUAAUAGAAUUUGACGGUAAGGUUCUCAACACCCUUGCAAGUACACAGGAAACUGCAUCAGUAAAUGAGAACAACUACGAUGCAGAUUUCUACACCACUACUACUCAGAAGAGUAGGCAGCAGCAUAUCACCUCAGGGCCUAGUCCACAGUGCCAGAAUAAUAAUACCCACCUUGCAGUCCAUCAGUUGAUUGAAUUUCCCUUAGGAAGGUCUGAUCAGAAUGGAGUAAUGACAAUGAAUAAUCAAAAAGCAUUACUACCUAGUAGCAUGAAUUACAUGCCAAUUGGAAACUCUACAACUAGGGUGUCAGGUUUUGCAGGAGAUUGGUCUCGGCCAAGGGAUGGGCAUGGAUUCGAAGAUUUCUUUGCUGAGGAAAUCCGGCUUAGGAGCUCAGAAAUGUUAGAGACCGAUGACAUGCAAAGACUGCUGAAGACACUUGGUGUAGGUUUUGGCAUGGGAGCUGGUUUUGGUCAUUCAGAUGAGGCUUGUUAUACUUGCAACAUUCCUUAUGAUCAUCGGAUGGACUACCCCUAUGCCCAGGAACGUGGCAAAGGCUCAGGGAAGGCGGUUGUGGGGUGGCUUAAGUUGAAAGCUGCUUUAAGGUGGGGAAUAUUUAUAAGAAAGAGAGCUGCUGAGAGAAGAGCUCAGCUUGUUGAGCUUGAUUGACUCAUCUGAUGCUUAAACUUAUUUUAAUUUUAUAGCUGGUUAACGAAGGAUUGGUGCCUCAGCAAUCAUUAACCCUCAUUGGCAACAUUGUUGCAUGAUUCCAAGUUCAGCAAUCUUUGCCAAUAUUUCGUAGGCAUUCAUCCGAGAAAGUUGAUCAUGACAAAAGUAAAAAACUUAUGUAUGUGAAGUUUGGGGCCAGUUCUAUGUCAUUCUCUUUGCUCCAGAUGUAUAAUAUUGUCAUGCCUUUAACACGCAACAAUAGGGUUUUUUUUUUAUUAAUUGAAGUUCAGAUGAAGGGUUGCAUAUAGGCACGAACUCAUGCCCUGAAAGUAAUCCAGCAUAGCUUGGUGAACUGUUUGGGCCAAAGCCCAGGUUUAUCGAAAUUAUUAAGGUCCAUAUUUAAGGUUCAAAU